AUGGCGGCCCCAAAAGGCAUGUCGGUAGAGUAUCUGUCCGUUGGGGCGAACCGGCAAACUUGUGUCGCGGACUGGAGUGCUACCGGACUGUUGGCCUUUGGAGCUGAUGUCAACAUCGCCUUGUGGCGACCAGCAGCAUCCCCCCCCAGAGGAGUUGAGACAUUGUUGAGCGGGCAUGGGGAAACUGUAAAAGCUGUGCUAUUCUUACCUGAAGAGCAAGAUGACGACGCCACCUUCAUCGUGUCCGGCGCCGACGACAGCACGCUGAUAUGCUGGAAAUCGAACCGUGGCGGACUGGACUAUGAACCCGUCCAAACAUCGGUCGAGCACACUUCGCCGAUCAAUUGUCUCAGCGCCGUGAGAGUGGCGAGCCGCCCGGCGAAAUGGAUCCUCGCGACGGGAGGAGCCGAUGCAACUGUCAAGCUGUGGUCCUUUGAGCGUGAUCAGCUGCAGCUCCUGCAAUCGAUGAGGACAUCGCCCAGGUUUCUGCCCCUCGCAGUUUCGAUAAGCAUGCUUGACCGAGACAGUCUCAUUCUCGCAGCUGCUGGUACCCGCGAGACGGUCCAGAUUUUCACAGCAGAUCUGAAAGCGUCCGCCAUCCGCUUUGACCUGCAGGCAACACUGCAUGGGCACGAAGGAUGGGUGCGAUCUCUGAGCUUUGCCAAGGAGCCGGGGAAGGCCGACGGCGAUCUUCUUCUCGCGUCGGCCAGCCAAGACAAGUACUUGCGCAUCUGGCGUGUUCGUCGGGGUCGAGAGCCCCCAGCUAUCCCUGCCUCUGGCUCGGAUCCCAUCAGUGGCGCGUUCCUGCCAGGAAGGUCGCCGUCGAACAAAGUUCACAUGCUGAGAGCGGGGGGCAAAGACUUUUCGGUCACGUUUGAAGCCUUGCUCCUGGGUCACGAGGACUGGAUAUACAGUGCAAGAUGGCACGCCCAUUCCGACGGCAAACUGCAACUCCUCUCUUCGUCUGCCGACAACUCCCUGGCCAUUUGGGAAGCAGACGCCACGUCCGGCAUCUGGGUCAGCAUGGCAAGGCUGGGCGAGAUCAGCAGGGAGAAGGGUGCGACAACGGCGACCGGCAGCACUGGUGGCUUCUGGACCGGCCUCUGGUCACCUACCGGAGACUCCGUGGUGUGCCUAGGAAGGACCGGGAGCUGGAGGCGCUGGGAGCACGACGCAGCGGCAGACGCGUGGAGGCCGUGCGUCGCCAUUACCGGUCAUACAAAGCCUGUCAAGGGGAUUUCGUGGUCAAGAAGCGGCGAAUACUUGCUCUCGACCAGCUCGGACCAAACCUCCCGCCUGCAUACCAGAUGGUCAACGUCGAAUGGAGGCGCCUGGCAUGAAAUGUCUCGUCCGCAGAUCCACGGCUACGACCUGAACUGCAUAGACUCUCUGGGCGAGGGCCAGUUCGUGUCUGGCGCUGACGAGAAGCUCCUGAGGGUCUUUACGGAACCCAAAGCCGUUGCUGCGCUCCUGAAGAAACUGGCCGGCUUCGGAAACGAGAAAGCCGAGGGCAUGCCCGAUGCAGCCAACAUGCCCGUGCUGGGCCUGUCCAACAAGGCCAUUGACGUGGUAGACGAGGACCAGGAAAUUCAGCCCAUCGACGACCGAGACCGAGAGGCAAUGGACCCUGCCACGGUUGUGAGAAAGUCGUGCUUGGAGAUGGAUCAUCCUCCGUUUGAAGAGACACUCUCCAGGCAUACGCUGUGGCCUGAAACCGAAAAGCUGUACGGCCACGGGUACGAGAUCUCAUGCCUGGCGGCAAGUCACGACGGCAAGGUCAUCGCAAGCGCCUGCAAGGCCAGCUCGACCAACCACGCCGUCAUCCGGCUCUUUGAGACUGACAAGUGGACGGAGGUGAAGCCGCCUCUUGUAGCGCACUCCCUAACCGCCACGCGCCUCCGCUUCUCCCGCGACGACAAGCACCUGCUGAGUGUAGGGCGCGACCGUCAGUGGGCAGUGUUUCGGAAAGACGCCAACGAGGCCGCCGUGUACACGCCCGCCCAGUCCGACCCCAAAGGCCACAGCAGGAUGAUCCUCGACGCUGCCUGGGCGCCAUCGCCAACCCCCCUUCUCUUUGCCACCGCGGGCAGGGAUAAGCAGGUCCGGAUCUGGGCCUCCAGGGCGCCGGCAGAGGAACAAGUGCGGUUUUCGCAGAGUGCGGCAUUGCCCCUUUCCGGGCCGGUGACUGCGGUAGAUUUUCUCCCAGUCGCCGUGAAGGGCAAGCAUAUCUUGGCGGUUGGAACAGAGGGCGGCAAGAUUAGCAUAUGCCUCGUGAGCGAGGACGGUUCGGCCGUCGCAGAACUACCAUCCCCAGCUGAAUUGAACAUGGCCAAACCGGUCUUGCAGUUGGCGUGGAGACCGACUGGCGAAAAGUCCGACGAAUACACCCUGGCUGCGGCCGGCGAAGAUAGUUCUCUGAGGGUGUUUUCUUUCCCCGAAUCAUGUUUCAAAGCACAAGAAUAG